CAGAGCGGCCGCUCCCGGCUCGGCGUGGGGGGGAGGGAACGUGGCGGCGCGUACGCAGUGACGUAGAGCACGUGCCCCCCUCUGCCACCGCCCCUUUAACGGCGGGGUCACGUGCCGGGGGCGGGGAGUCACGUGACGCGGAAGCGGUGGCGGGCUCGAUGGAGGCGCGCUCGGAGGUCGAGAGUUCGGGGCCCGGCGGGGCGCGCCCGGCGGUCGGGUCCUUCCAGCCCAGCGAGCACCAGCACGUCCGCUAUAACCCCCUGAGGGAUGACUGGGUGCUGGUGUCCGCCCACCGGAUGAGGCGUCCCUGGCAGGGGCAGGUGGAGAAACCCCCGCCAGAGGACGUCCCUCGCUGUGACCUGUCCAACCCGCUGUGCCCUGGAGCAGUGCGAGCCAACGGGGAGGUGAAUCCGCAGUACACGAGCACGUUUGUCUUCGACAAUGACUUCCCAGCACUGCAGCCGGAUGCCCCAGAACCCGACGCCUGCAGCCACCCCCUGUUCCGAGCAGCAUCUGCCCGAGGAGUUUGCAAGGUCAUGUGCUUCCAUCCUUGGUCUGACCUGACACUGCCGCUCAUGUCGCUGGCAGAGAUCCGGGCAGUGAUUGACAAGUGGGCGGAGCUCACGGCGGAGCUGGGCGCUUCCUAUCCCUGGGUGCAGAUAUUUGAGAACAAAGGGGCCAUGAUGGGCUGCUCCAACCCUCAUCCUCAUUGCCAGGUCUGGGCCAGUAACUUCCUCCCCAACGAAGCCCGGCUGGAGGACCGGACGCAGCGGCAGCACCUCCAGGAGCGCGGUGUGCCCAUGUUGUUGGAGUACGCCCGGCUGGAGGCUCAGAGGAAGGAGCGGCUGGUGGUGGAGAACGCGGACUGGCUGGUGGUGGUCCCCUAUUGGGCCGUGUGGCCUUUCCAGACCUUGCUUCUGCCCCGCCGUCACAUCUGCCGCCUCCAGGAGCUCAGCAACAGUGAAAGGGAUAGUCUCGCUUCGGUCAUGAAAAGGCUUCUCACCAAGUACGACAACCUCUUUGAGGUUUCCUUCCCGUACUCCAUGGGCUGGCACGGCGCCCCCAUGGGGCCUCACUUGGGAGAAGACUGUGGGCACUGGCAGCUUCAUGCCCACUACUACCCGCCCCUCCUCCGCUCGGCCACUGUCCGCAAGUUCAUGGUGGGCUACGAGAUGCUAGCGCAGACUCAGCGGGACCUGACGCCGGAGCAGCUGGAGUAGCCACGUGGGGUCUUGGUGCCGGUUCCAGUGCCCUCGGCUCUCUGCGGAAGUCUUACCCGUGCUCUCCCUUUCCCUGCAGGCCGCUGAGCGUCUGAGGACUCUGCCCGAGGAGCAUUACAGGGUGAGGCCACGGGAGGCAGCGUGACGAGCUGUGUCGUACAAGGAGGGGAGCUGGCACAUUGCAGAGUGGGCACCGGCCACACACUGGAACUUGGUUACUUUGUUUUUCGGACCAGUGGGAAUUGGGCUGUGGAGGGAUCUUCUCUGCAGCUGGAGGAGCUGGUGGGCAGAGCACAGUGGAGUCUCUUCAGCAGGCUGCUUUGUGGGCAAUGGUAGUCCUCACUCAAGGUGAAGCUGAGACCUGCAAACUUGUGUCACUUGUGAGCCAGUUGGAAAGUCCUGCAGGUCUCAGAAGGCAUCCGAGUCUGCCCCUUGUAGAGGAGCAACCAGUACAGGUCCCACUGGCUUCCUGUCCCAUCCCCCGUGUGCUCGCUGGAGUGGCAUUUCGGAGCCCAGGGCCCUGGCCCCUAGGGUGGGUGACUGGCUAUGUGAGCUCCCCACAGCUCAGAGCUGGGUCUCUGGGGGCUGUCACCCCAUGGGAGCUCCCAGGCUGCAGCGGGUGGAGAGUUGCUGUCAGCCUACUAUGUCAGCAGCAGGGCGCACUGUGGCAUAUAUUGAAAGGGUGCUCUGGAGGGGGUCAGGUCAGGUAACCCCUGUGGGCUUCUGGCAAGGAGCCUGGUUCUGGCUUGUGGGGUGGCGGGAAAUGGUUCAGAGUCCCUGGCCCUGUGAGUCCCUGAGUCUGCUGCUGAGGGACAAAUUCUUUGUAGCUUUUUUAAGCCCUUGAUGCCCACAUUUCCAGCCCCGUGCAUGCCAACCCCAGUGCCAGCCCCUGCCCCACUGGUGGGCUCAGAAAGCCCCAUGUAUGAUGGAGUUUAGCCCCUCACUCCCACCCUUUCCCCCUGCCGUUGUGUGCCAUGGCCAGUGGCUGCUUGCUAGCCUGCUGCCUCUCACCUGCUCUCCACGGUGCUGCCUGUGGGCGCUUGGCUUUUCACUCGCUUCAAUAAAACCUAAAACCAAA